AUGAAUGCCUGUGCACCCAACAUCGUGCUUCCCCUCACCUCUUUCACUGGGGGUGAGCUGCGCAUUUGCCAGGCCGCUGACUCCAUCGCCGACCAUGCUUCGCUGCCGUCGCAGUUUAUUGAUCUGGCAGUGGCGUCCGGCCCGGUUUCGUUCAAUGCCAAGGAUUGCCCUCACGAGGUGUUGCCCUCCCAGGGGCUGCGCGUUGUCGUUGCGGCCUAUACUUUGCAAGCUGCACUGCAUCUUGAGGCGUGUCCCGAACUUCGGGCCUCCUUGACUGCACUUGCAUUCCCUUUGCCGCCAGUGGACUUCGUGUACUCACCGGAGGAUUUGGCUCCUCGUGCGCUUCCGCUGUCGCCUGGUCAACGGGCCCUGCUUCCAUCGCCUCCGGCUUCAGUCGGGUCCUCGGCUCUUUCCGCAUCUGCUACGGCCACUGCACAUUCCUGCGACGACGGCUCAAAGCACGGCACUUUGCUGGGUCCAUGCCAUCUUCCCUCUCCCACUCCAAGGCUUUUCUUGGAUCUAUUUGCGGGGGCUCGUGCUCCUGUCACGUCGGCCAUUCACUCUCUUGGUUGUGACUGUUUCCCGGCAGUGGACCUGAUCAUUGAUGCAUCACGCGACAUCUUAGACGAUGCAUUCUUCGAUUUGCUUUGUCGCAUUGCUGAUUCGGGUCUGGUCGGCGCUGCUCUAGACGGUCUGAUAGUUCUGGAGAACCCUGCCUCUUCGCUUACUUUUCACGAUCCGCUCAUGAUGAGCUGGAUUGAGUCCGAG